UAACAAGUCGACUAGCUCUCUACGCAAAAGCGGCUCCGUUCGCUCCGCUACCCGAAUAGCAUGGCCGAAAUAGUGGCCGCGCAAAAUAAUGCCCCCGAAGACAUUGCCGGGCAGCCGCCGCGGGCAUCCGCGCUGGAGCUGCAGCUCCAGAUGGAGACCGAGACCGAGCGCGGCGCCGCCGGCGUCAACGCGAGGGCGCGGGAUAGGUUGUUGUGUGAGACGGACGACGCGGCGCGAGAAAACGAAAGCCUACGGCGCGAGGCGCGGAUGUUGGUUCAGGAAGUGAACGACGCGGGAUCUACGGCAACGGGACAACAGGCGGACAUCGUGGAUGUGCGGGGCCGCAGCGAUUUCCGAGCCGACAUGCCGACGCAGGAGCUCGCGAGAGCCCUCGUGGGCGCGCACGCAGAAGCUCUCACGGCGAUGCGCGCGGAAGCAAGAGCCAAGAGCGCUUUGGACGUGGCCAAGAUAAAGCAUAAAGCUGCGCAAAGCCGGGUGAGGCUAUUGAGCUUUGAGUGUGCGAUCCUCGCGGGCACGGUCGACGCCUUGCGGCGGUAUCUAUAUCUUCGAGACAAGGUGACUUUCGCAGGAACGCAUAGUUCGUUGCUGGCAUUUUGUAGACACAUGAACCAGGCGGACCAGUACGAAAUUUUGGAUAAGCGGCGGAGUCAGCAUUGGAAAUUAGUGGUGCAGUACGGCCCGACGACCUUGGGGACUGCGAGGAUCAACCGCUGCGAGUUCGCGUCCACGGACUGGACGGAGGCCACGCUCGCCUACGUGCUCGCCCCGGGCUUCACCGACGCGCUCCUCGAAGAGGUAUUGGCCACAGAGCAGACGCUCCAUAAAUUGUGCAAGCCCACAAAAUCUCAGCUGAGAGAAGCGUAUGGCAGCGAGGCCGAACACCGCGACCCGGCUAGCAACGACGAGCACAAGGAGGAGGACGGCGCCGCUGCCAUGGACGUCGACGACGCGCGCGCCGAGGCCGCUCUGCGGCGGGAGAUCGCCGCGGUCCGCGCCGAGAGAGAGGCAGUCGAUGCCGAGAUCGCCAAGCUUCGGGCCGCGGAGCCGUAGGA